GGAGUAAUCCCCACCUUCCGAGUGAAGUUUCUGCUGAGGCUCCUGCGGGGCAGGCUGGAGGUGGAUCUCGACAAGGAUAAGCUGCUCUUCAAGCACAUGUGCUACGAAAUGGAACGGCUCCAUAAUGGUGGUGAUGUCACUUUCCACGACGUGCUCAGAUCUGUUGAUAUCAGAAAAAGUCUUCAACUGGAAGAGCUACUUGCUAGGGAGCAACUGGAAUAUACCAUAGAAGAGGAGGUGGCCAAGCAGACCAUCCGCAUGUGGCUGAAGAAGUGCCUGAAGCGAAUCAGAGCAAAACAGCAGCAGUCGUGCAGCAUUAUCCAUAGUCUACGAGAGAGUCAACAGCAGGAGCUGAGCCGCUUUCUGAAUCCUCCCAGCAUUGAGACAACACAGCCAAGUGAAGAUAUGAAUGCUGUUAAUCAGGAUAACAGUGCACAGCCAGAGACGAGUAGCCAGCAGCAGCUCCUUAGCCCGACACUUUCUGACAGAGGUGGCUACCAACAAGACUCUGCAGAUGCUGGGAAACCUCAGCGGAAAUUUGGACAAUGGCGUUUGCCAUCAGCCCCUAAACCAAUAAGCCAUUCAGUGUCUUCGGUCAACCUCCGCUUUGGUGGACGUUCAACUAUGAAAUCUGUUGUAUGCAAAAUGAAUCCCAUGUCUGAUGCUGCUUCGUGUGGAUCAGAAGUCAAGAAAUGGUGGACGAGACAAUUAACUGUGGAGAGUGAUGAAAGUGGAGAGGACCUUCUUGAUAUCUGAGAAAAAUUUAAGUCAUACUGCAACAACAGUGACCACUUCAAGUACAAUCUAAUUUUCUGUGUUUAGAGUUGAAGAUGCUGUGUGAUUUCUUAUUUAGUAACAUUUCUUUAGAAAGAUUUUAUUAUUCACAAAUGACCUGAAGAGGUCAGCACUGACUUCAUGUUCAAGGGAAGUAUUUUUACAAAAAGUACAGACUCUGAAUUACAAUUCUAAGCCUUUUCUGGACCUUUUUUAAAAAUAUGCAAGAUACAAGAUAACGUUUUAAAAUCAGAAGGUGAAGGAUUGGCUUUUAAAAUGUAAAUAUCUUU